AUGAAAAAUGACAAUUCAGAAGUUUUCGUGGAUGGAAAUGGGACCGUACGAAGUAUCUAUGACUACUCUAGCAGUGAGAAAAAAUGGAUAAUGUGGGCCGUGGCAGCUGGUACCAUUAUAGGUACCAUUCCAAUCAACUUGUUGUAUGUCAAAUAUGGAGCAAGGUACCCAUUUCUUGUCGCUGGAGUAGUCUCAUCUUUAGCUACCGCAUUUGUGCCAUUGGCGGCUAGAGUCAACUUCUUUAUUUUGAUUUUGUUGAGGUUUUUGCAAGGUCUCGCUUACUCGGCCGACUUUGCGGCGAUUGGUCUCAUGACUGUCCGAUGGGCGCCUCUUUCGGAAACUGCUACUUUUGUAGCCAUUCUUACUGCAUUCACUGGAAUAUCUUCAGUAGUCACCAAUUCACUGACCGGAUUGAUUUGUGAGAGCUCACUUGGAUGGAAGUUUGCAUUUUAUUUCCACGCAAUCGCUGGAUUCAUUCUUUUCGUUAUCUGGACUUUUGUGUACAUUGACCAUCCAGAAGACACGGAAAGAGUAUCUCAGAAGGAACUCGGACAUAUUCAGAAAAACAAAUCGGAGGCUCAUUUGGAUAGAAAUACCAGUGUUCCUUAUAAGAUGUCUGCUGUCAUUAUGUUUUCUUCCUACAUGCCCAUUUAUUUCCAUGAAGUUUUGAAGUUUGGAAUCACUGAAACUGGAUUUUAUGUUGCCCUCGUACUAUUCUCGUACAUGCCAAUCAGAUUCGUUGCUGCGGUAUUCAGUGAUAAGUUCAGGUUUAUUAGUGAAAAACUCAAAAUUAUGAUUUUCAACACGUUCGCAGUUGGUGGUUCAGGAUUUUUCUUUGCGUGUAUCGGUUUCAUUCCGGCCGAGCACAACAUGUUGUCACUCUCAUUUUUUAUCUUGACAAUGUGCUGUAUUGGAGUUAAUUCUGGUGGAUUUUACAAAUGUGGAGUGUUGCAUGCACGUCAAUUCGCACAUGUUGUUAUUGCUGCUAUCCAAUGGAUGAAAUGUCUUGCUUUAUUUUCUGCACCAGCUCUAGUUGCAAUCUUUGUAUCAGAUGAGUCAAACAGACUUCAAUGGAUGUGGGUGCAUUUGGUACUCGGCGGUCUCAUGAUUAUUACAAAUUUCGUGUCAUAUUUCAUUUUCACGGAUGAACCAGCAGAGUGGACAAAUAGUGAAGUGACAGAGAGAUUUGAGAAAUCAUAA